AAACCUUCUGCAGCCAGGCCACCAAGAUUGUACGGCUUGCCAAAGAUACAUAAAGAAGAUACACCUCUUCGUCCCAUUGUCUCUACUAUCAACUCCCCCACUUACAAACUGGCUCGUUUUUUGUCCGAAAUCCUACGGCCUUUCACUGGAAAAACCACCUCUGCAGUACUAAAUUCUACUGACCUGGUAUCGACAAUCAAGGGGAUUGCCCUGUCCCCAGACGACCUGCUUGUCAGUUUUGAUGUGGUUUCCUUGUUCACCAAGGUGCCUGUGCCUGACACCAUCGCAAUCAUUGAAGACUUGGUUCAUCAAGGACUGAAUGCUGGGGUACCCCCCCUGGUGAGACACUGCUUAACCAAUACAUACUUCACCUGGAAUGGAACCUUCUACAAGCAAAUUGAGGGCACCCCAAUGGGCUCCCCCCUAUCUCCGGUUGUAGCCAACAUCUUCAUGGAGAAAUUUGAGACGGACGCCAUCCAGACUGCCACUCUACGCCCGACCUUAUGGAAGAGGUACGUAGACGACACUUUUGUCAUCUGGCCACAUGGCCGGCCUGCUCUAGACCAAUUUCUCGACCACAUCAAUUCCAUACACCCAGCCAUCAGAUUCACCAUGGAAGUCGAAAAUGAUGGCAAGCUACCCUUUUUGGAUGUCCUAAUCAAAAGGAGACCUGAUGGUUCAAUGAGCCACUCUGUCUACAGGAAAGCCACCCACACGGAUGCUUAUCUAAAACCGGAUUCCCACCACCAUCCAUCCCAGAAGAAUUCCCUCAUCAAGACUCUAUAUCAUAGAGCCCAAUGCAUCUCCGACCAUGAACACAUUUCCAGUGAACUCAAACACGUACGCCAAACGGAGGUACUCUGCAAACCUACCGGCUACCUUCAGAGAUUUGUUCAUGAAGCUAUGCAGAUAUAUAAAUACAGACACAACUUCAACCGAGAAGAUGGGUACAAACUAAGCAAUCAUUGGAACGACGUUAUUAACCAGUCAGCUCAGGAGUGCGUGGCGAGUCCAGCCCAGCCGCCUCCUCCACAGAGCUGGCUGGACAUCGCCGGCCCCCUGGCGAAGAUUGCCGUCAUCUCUUUGAGCGCAUGA